AUGUCCACGACCACUCAAAUUUUAUUCAAUUCUCCAGCUCUACACUCUCUCAAACGCGAACAACUCGUAAAAUUAUGCAAAAUACAUUCUAUCAAGGCCAAUGGCAAAAACAUCGAGCUCAUUGACAAGCUCAAACGACAUGCACAGACCUUGCCCAAAGACUCUCCACUCAGCAUUGCUGCUCGUAGUGAAUCUACCGGUUUCGUUCCUUGUCCACCCCAGGAUGACCAAACAGACGAAGAAGCUGCGCCCCAGGAGGGCAACAACGCAGUAAAUCAAUUUUCAAUGCCUCGACCAAGCGAACAAUGGGAGGUCGUCAUGGAGAGUAUUCAAGAGCUUGAGGAAAACUCAUCUCAAGGUACUUUGUCAUCCUUGAGGACCUUGGGCAGCAACAAUGGAGGAGCGGGAGAGUUCGGCACUGGGGGUUCCAAAUCAACAACUAUGAGUUCCUCUAUCAAAGCACUGGCCACCUCACUCGGCCUGAGGCGCACCAAUACCUCCAAACCAGACCUAGCUUCAACCACUUCCUCCAAGUCUAGCCACAACUCUGUCUUUCCCCCAGCCACACAACCAACAUCCCACGACGAAUUGGAGCAAAAUUCGACUCCAUAUUCUGAUUUACCCCCCGCGGCAACACCACCUCAGACAGACCACUUUACAUUCAACCCCACCCGCAUGUCAAUGAAUGGCCUUUUAGGCGAAGCUGAUGCCCCCCUCCCUGGUCACGCCCUUCGCCCCGGAGUCCCUGCCCCCUCAAACGCCCGUUUGAGCCUCGGCUUAGGCCUUGGAGCCCCUUCAACCCCGACGCGUCAAUCACAACCAACAACUACGAUCAGACUGGUCUCCAAUCCUCUAUCAAGUCACGACACCAGUUAUGGGGCAGGCGAAAAUAGCACCCCACAACUCAAACCUUUCAAAACUACUUUUGACCUCGUCCUUGGAAGUCCAACCCCGAGUGCGGGUGGGUUUGGCAGCAUGGCCGUAUGGCCGCCUGCCAGCCCUGGGGGCGACAACAUCAUGAGAGGAAUUUAUCCGACGUUGACGUUCGCCGACCUUCCCCCAACGAUGCCUUCACCGUCACUUUGCCAAACGGCGUCUGCAUCAGACAAUAUGGAUACGGAAGAAGACUAUGAUCCACCCAUGCCCGGUUCCCUCACCCCUGCGCGUGCCACAACGUCUUCUGGCUCUGGAGCUCUCGCUCCUCCCGUCGAACCAUUCAUCUUUGGUUCACCUCUCCCAAAGCACCGUGUUUCCAACCAUCAAUUCCGCGUCGCAGCCGCGAGCGUUCUCGAGGAGAUGAACAAGCGUCUGCAGGAGGAAGGCGUACAAGGUGUCGGCCUCGACAUCAUCAACAACCUCCACCCUGGUGCCCAUUCUCAGAAAGACCUUGCUGCAAGAGAUAUCAAGGCUCUUCCUGGGAACAAGCGUGGAGAGAUCAAGGAAAAGUUUGAGAAGAUGCAUGAGGAGGAGUUUAGGAAGAUGGAGGGGAUUGAUGUGGUUGUGAAAAGGAAGGCGGAGAGAUCACCGAGGAAGGAGAGUGAGCCUGUUCUUGGGAAGAAACGCAAGUCGAGUGCGAUUGCGAGAGAUGAUGCGGGUGGUCGACGAGGACCUGGUGGUCCCAUUGCUGGUCGAGCAAGUGGGACACGGGUUAUAAGCAACGGUCGACGCGCAAAAGCUAUUCCGGGAGCCUUUGGCGACGAGGAUGGCGAUGAAGAGGAGGAGGAAGAGGAAGAGAAUGUGAGGGCGGAGAAGCGAGUCAGGGUUGAUUCUGGUGCUGCUGGUUCCAGCAAGGUUCUUUCUCCUGAGGAGCUGAAGAAGGAAGAAGAAGAGGAAGAGGAAAGGAAGUUUAAGGAGAGAGAGCGGGAGGCCAUUCGAAGGAAGCUCGAGAUGAACCGGGCGAAGAGGCGGAGUAGUGCUGUUCCUGGUGGACUUAAUGGUAGGCGGAGUGGACGGGUGAGCGUCGGAAGGAACGUCCCCCUGGCCAAACCAAAGCCUUCAAGAUUCGGCUUCUUUUCCUCGGCCAAAUCGAUCGUACAGAAUGUGUGGAAUCGCGGUAAAGCACCACCACCUACUACUACGGCCUCUAGCAUCCCUAAACCCGUGCAACCUGCGACCAAAGAGAAAAUAGCUGCUGCUCCGAGUGGUCUCGUACAGAAAGCUUCCAUCGCACCCGCUCGUCCUACCAUUGCCACCGCUAAAAGAACUCGGGUUCCUUCGCUUCGUGUCAAUAAGAAACGGAUUCUGUCAACAAGGGGACUAUAUCAUCUUCUCGCUCGAGGUCGCCUAUACCGUCAUUUGGUGUUGCUCCUUCGACUAGAAGUAGUAUUAUGA